AUCAACGCGGAAGUGAGGACCCCGCAGAUGCCAUGGGGACUUGUUCGCAGAAGCUGAGAGACGUCUCGCAGCUUUGUGAGGUUAUCCACGAAGAUGGUGCGGUGCUUCCUAAUCCACACUGUGUGCCCAGUCACUGCUCUGUCCAGCGGGGAAAGCAGGGUGCUUUACUCCCGGCUCUUCGGUCCAGAUGAGGCGGUUCUGUCCGAGCAACACCGUGGGCUCAGCCCGGAGGAGAGGAGACUCCUGCAGAAGGAGAAGAUCUCCGUGGUGGCCAGGCAGGUCCGGAGUGCCGUCUCUCUGUGCCGGGAGGCCUCAGGUCGGCAGCCGGUCGAUGCGCUGCCCGGGGACGAGGCUCUUGUCCUGCAGGACGCAGACUGCGGGGUGGUGCGUCUGAGAGCGGGCGACCCUUUUUCUCAGGAGGUGAGCGUUCUGUGGCUGGCGGUCCAAAGUCUUGGCUUCACACUGGUCUGCGAGCCACACGAGAAUCUGCUGCUGGCCGAGGGAACCUUGAGAAACCUGACCAGACACUGUUUGGAGAGCCUGCACAUGCUGGGGCAGGGCAGUGAGGUCCUGCUAAAGAGCAGCCGUAUAGACGUUCUGCUCAGCCGCCUACUUCCUCAUGGUCAGCUCCUCUUCCUCAACCACCGCUUCGCUCAGAGCCUGGAGAAGGAAGUAGCAGCCUACACGAGCAAAUGAGCCGGAACUCCACAGCCGCAGCCUCCAAGAUGUCGACCGUCGUCUACAGCGGGACUUCCAGUUGGAACCCAAUAACCGGGGUGCUUGAACCAAGCUAGCGCCGUUGUUUACUUUUUGUGACAUUUCUGCACGAGAAGCAGACCGGCAGCCUGGUCGCAGCUGCUGCUGUCGGAGAUCGGGAGAUGCGUAAACACAGAGUGGGAAAUAUCUCCCUCAGCCCACUUGCAGCUUCACCACUGGCUGUUUACUGUGUGGGAGGCUUCGCUUGAAAUCGUGUUUGUCAAAUUGAAGUAGUGAAAAAAAAAAAAAAAGUGCGAUAUUGAACGGUGCAGCUGAGGAGGCCAGUUAAGACUCACUUGUCAGGAUCAAAAUCUGCCGUUUAUCGAAUCCACCAAGCUCCAAAUGUCACGAUGCGGCCCUGAUGAGGCGGGAUGGAGCGGCUUUCGUGUGUCUUCUGCUGCUGCUUCCAACCGUGAGAGGAGAUGGAAGUUGACCAGUUGGUGUUUUGAGUUCUGCUAUAAUAACAUUUUUGAGACCUAAUGGAAGUUACACAUGCAUGAAACUAUAUAAUUAUAAGAAAAAUAAUGGAACAAAAGAAAAGUAAUAAAAAGAAGAGUGACAGUACCAGUGUUCUUGCAGUCAAUUCAAAGUGAGUGCUUUGUAAAGUUGGAUUUUUCCAGCCAAUAUUCUUUCCUCCAUUUUAACGCUGACAUCAACGUUCAGAAGCCAUGUGUAGAUUUUUAGAGACACUGAGACGUUUGGAGGGUUGAUUUUUCCUCAUUUUUCCUUUAUGCAAAAUAAAGUAAAUGUCUUGGAUUUGCUGAUGCGCUCUGUGCAUGCCUGUAUGGGAAGCAACAUUAACAUCCAUUCGGUUUUGUUACUCUCAUUUAAUCCCGUCGAGAGUUGCUGGGUAUCGGCGCCAACGCGCAAACACACAUUUAGUGGACCUAAUUAAACCGAACUGCCGUGCAGCUCUGGGUGACAUUAAAGGAACAGUUUGGGAUCUUUGAAGUGAGGUUCUAAUGAAAAGAGUUAUGGGCAGUGAAUAUUUUACCUGCAAGAAGAUAACUCUUGGUGUCUUCAUUUAGCAUCAAUCCACAGCAGCUGGUCCCAGAAGUUAAAGCUAACGAUUUACCCAAGAGGAGCAAAGAUCAGUGUCUCGGAAACUUCCUAUUGGUUUAUAGUAAAGCUAUUUCAUGAGCCUUUAAACUGCCAUCCCAUUUGCAUCGUGUGGUUAUUUACACAGGUGAUGGAGACAAGAGGAGGUGCACCCCUCGUGGUCUUCCUGUGUGUAGCACAUGCUGACAAUACCCUUCCUUUAUAUGCUAAAUGUCUGAAAUAAAAGCAAAUCUAUCCAUUA